UUACAAUUCUCCGGAACAAACAAACCAUUGACCUCGACUUCAACCUACACCUGCUACCACAAUACCGCCCAACUUCUUCAGUCCCAUCGAGUCUUAGACCUUCAACACCAAACCCCAUCUACUGUCGACACUUCUAGCAGUCCCUCCUCCAGCUCUUCCGCGAUGUAUCCCACCCUCCCCCUCCAACGGGGCAUUCUCAAGAGAUCCUCAUAUUACCACCCCGACUACCGUACUGGAGCCGCGCUCAACCGAGCAAGACGUCCGUACUUGUUCAAAAACAUGGUCACGGGAGUAGCCAUCUUUGGAUUCGCAAUUGGAGUUUUCGCAUUCACCCUCCACGCCGUCGGUCAAGAUUCGUUCGACGACGUGAUCGUUCCAGACGCCCCUGCUGCGAAACAAUCCCCAAAGACACCCACGGCGCAAGCAAAUGGAAUGAGAUCGUGAAAGGUCCCACCAUCACCAUCACCUCUGUCGCUGUCGCCGUCACCAUUGCCAGACGACUCGCCUUUGUAACCGGGAGAGCGCUUGCGGUGCAGUACCCCAUUUUGGAGAAGAAGCAGAAGAAGAUGAAAGACGAAAGAUGAGAGAGAUACUCCGCUCAAUCACUCAAGCUACUACCCAAACAUAAGUUUCCCAACACCAUUCGAAUCCCUUGAGGGAAACUUCCGACACCGAGACAGAACCACAAUAGUUCUCAUAAGAGCGAAGAUGGAACCGGACACGAAUACAGAAAUAUGGUGGCACAAAUAUGUAUGUUGAAAUUGUAUCUAUACAACGUCAGGAGACACUGUGAGGAGCGCACCACAACUACAACAGCACGCCACUCUUGCAGACAGGCAUUGUUUCAAUACGAGAAUAGGCACUUGUAUAUAUAUUUCUGACCUAACUUGAUCCCACAGAAAGAAAAAAUAACGAUUGAUGAUAAGCCAGAGAAAAUGACAAUGGCCUUGAGAAGGAGGGGGAGAACAAUAUCCAGGAAUCAUAGACUAGCUGAGAUGAAGGAGGUAGUCAAGUUACCAGGAGGACAUAUAGCAUUUGACUGAGCAAGAUUUAUAUCGUACAAGUUUCGUUCAACAAUGGCCUUGUGACUGUGGUUGUGAUUAUGAACAUAGCACAAAGCCAUCAUUUCAUCCACCAUCAUCACAGGAAUGUACAUAAACCAUUAUUUCAAUUAUAG